CUCAAAUCCCGUUUGGAGAAUUUAGCAUAAAUCCUGCCAAACAGCCCCUAAAUCCUGCUCAAAUCCUGCAUCCAAACAGCCACUUCUACUACCUCUUUUUCCUUGUAUCACCCGCACGUUAUCAUCUCCUCUACCUCGCAGUACAUCAAAUCGAAGCAUUGUGUGAUACCCUGCUUCUUAGGAACGACAGCGGUGAUAGGGCUCCCAAAGACAAACCCAGUUAGUUUUUGGACUUUUCAUGGCAGCUUCAUCCCCAUCCCCUUCUGCCAAGGUUGGUGAAUCUUUGAUGGCAAAUACAACUAUAAAUGGAAAUCUUAAAUCCGUAACAUUUGACACCCCUAAGCAGAACCUUAGAGGGCUUAACAAGCCUAAAUGCUCCAAAUGUGGCAAUGUUGCUCGUUCAAGAUGCCCAUUCCAGUCAUGUAAGAGUUGCUGUGCUAAAGCUCAAAAUCCAUGCCCUAUUCAUGUUCUUAAACAGAAUGGCACUUUACCUGAUCCAUCUUCUGCAAUUCCUUCAUUUGAGCCGCAUCCUACUGAUGCUCCUUCAAGUGGAGCUUCUUGGAGGUUGACAUCUCUUCGACAGCUUUCAACUGCUGUUGCCAACUCCCUAAGAGCAAGGAAGGCUCUCACAAGAAAGGACGCCAUUAACAUAAACAAGUGGAGGUUUUCGAAAUUGAGGGAGCACAUCGAAGGAAACAUUGAAGUAGAGAACGAAGCUUUUGAGAGAUACCUGUACAAUGUCAGCUUAUUGGAGGAGGCAUUCUUAACUAGUGAUGAGCUAUACACACUAGAAGAUUUGCCCGAGGAAAAGAUUCAGAAGUUAGUCACAUCAAUGAAAGUAAAUCUAAAAUCUAAUCCAAGAAGAGUAGAUACCAAUAGGAAGAGAAUAAGGAACCUUGUGAAUGAAAAGUUGAGGAAGUUGCAGGAAAGUGAGCAUAUCAGCGACAACAUUUCAGUUUCAGUAAAUGAUGAUGAAUUACAUGCUUAUAUGGACCUAAAGAGGCCAAAGAAGUUGGAUGAGAAUCGAGUAGAGAAAACCAUUGAGACAGAUAAUCUAAUUGAUAAGUUGAACAAGGCUCGCAAUAAGGACGAUCUCAUAUCCUGCAUGGAAAUGAAGAGUCAAUUGUUCAAGUUAUCGAUUGAUAAGUGUGCUGAGGAUGACCAGACUGGGAUGAAGAAAGAAUUUGACGGUGCUGUAGAUUCAUCUUUUGCUCUGCCUAAGCUAUGCACAGUUGUUCAUAUCAAUCAAGAUUUAAUCUCUAACAUCCAUGAUGGAUUCUCUUGGACACCUCAGUUAGCGGAGCUGUGAUGCCAUUAAAGUUCUCAAUGGUCGUCAAUAUCGAAGAAGAGUUCCCUCUAUUACAAAUGUUGCAGUUUAGGUUCUGCAACUUGUGUAAUGUUAAUGUAUUCAUUGACCUUGACCUUCGUUCCUUGAUUAGAUUCAAGCUGAGGUGGGUUUUCAUAUUUAAUUCCCUAGAAAAAAGAUGAUGGAAGAACACCAUGUAAAUUUAUUUUGGAAGAGAAUGCAGCUAUUGUUCAGAACAUGGAAUGUUCUGGUUCUUAUAUCUAAUGAAGAAAAAUAAAAGCAAGCAGUAUUAAUUUUGAUAUCGAUCCUUCACAAGUUGAA